GUCACUCACUUUAGUUGGUCUUGACUGUUUCCUUCUUGACAAUAAUAAAUGUCUCCUCCUUCGCCUCCUUCUCUCCCAUCAAUGUUCAUGCUCCAGUAAGUCCCCCAUGUCUCCAGCCAGUGAAUAUUCCUCCCAGAUCAAAGAGGCUUAUAUUCCUCUAAAACGAAUGACCAGGUGGCUAGUAUUCUUGGCCAUCUUAGGACUCAGCUGUGCAACCACUGGUCCUGAUGUGGAAGGUGAAGCUUUGUUAGAUUUUUUGAGGGUUCUCAAUGAUUCCAACCAUCAAAUGACAGAUUGGAAUAGUUUUCUUGUGAGCCCUUGCUUUAGUUGGUCUCAUGUAACAUGUAGAGACGGACAUGUCAUAUCUCUGAGCUUGGGUUCAAAAGGCUUUACUGGAACGCUGUCUCCUUCAAUUACCAAAUUGAAAUACUUGAUUACCUUGGAAUUGCAGAACAAUAGCCUUUCAGGUUCCUUACCUGAUUACAUUGCCAGCUUCACACACCUGCAAUAUCUAAAUCUUGCUGACAAUAAUUUCAAUGGUUCUAUACCGUCGACAUGGGGUCAACUUUCCUCUCUGAGGACUCUGGUAUUGAGAGGGAAUGACUUGUCUGGACGCAUACCGGAUUCUGUUGAAAAUCUUAGUGGGUUAUCAGAAUUGGAUCUUUCUUUUAAUAAUUUAACUGGAUCCAUCCCAAAGCACCUCUUUUCAAUUCCAAUCUUCAGCUUUUCAGAUACGGACCUUCAUUGUGGCUCUAGUUUGGAGCAGCCUUGUGUUUCUAAUUCAGCUAUUUCAGCCUCAACUAACAAAUCAAAAGUAGCUGUGGCUUUAAGUUUGGCAAGUUGUGGCGCAUUUGGAAUUCUGUGUUUAGGGGCCAUCUUUUCAUAUGUAUGCCAUUACAUUCAAAGACACAAAAAUGAUGUUUUCGUUGAUGUCUCAGGUGAAGAUGAGAGCAAGAUUUCAUUUGGGCAACUGAGAAGAUUUUCUCUGCGAGAACUUCAUCUAGCAACAACAAAUUUCAGUGAAAGCAACGUGAUUGGCCAAGGAGGCUUUGGAAAAGUGUACAAAGGAGUACUCUCAGAUAAUACAAGGAUUGCAGUGAAACGCCUGGCUGAUUAUCAUAAUCCUGGCGGAGAGGCUGCAUUCCAAAGAGAAGUUCAACUUAUAAGCGUUGCAGUUCAUAGAAAUCUCCUGCGUUUGAUGGGGUUCUGCACAACUUCAACAGAAAGAAUCCUUGUAUAUCCUUUCAUGGAAAAUCUAAGUGUUGCAUAUCGUUUGAGAGAUUUGAAACCUAAAGAGAAAGGUCUGGACUGGCCAACGAGGAAACGUAUUGCAUUUGGUACAGCGCAUGGAUUAGAGUAUUUGCACGAGCAAUGUAAUCCUAAGAUCAUACACCGUGAUUUAAAGGCUGCAAACAUCCUACUAGACGAUGAAUUUGAAGCAGUUCUGGGAGAUUUUGGGCUAGCAAAGCUAGUUGAUACAAGACUGACUAGUGUUACCACUCAAGUAAGGGGUACAAUGGGACAUAUAGCCCCAGAAUACCUGUCCACAGGAAAAUCAUCAGGGAAAACAGACGUCUUUGGAUAUGGCAUAACACUUCUUGAAAUCGUGACAGGUCAGCGAGCAAUUGACUUCUCACGACUGGAAGAGGAGGAGGAUGUUCUUCUGCUAGAUCAUAUUAAGAAGCUGCUGAGAGAGAAGAGGAUAAGGGACAUAGUGGACAAGAAUUUGGAGAGUUAUGAUGCAAAAGAAGUAGAGAGGAGUAUUCAAGUGGCAUUGCUUUGCACGCAAGGCUCACCUGAGGAUCGACCAAGCAUGUCAGAGGUGGUGAACUUGCUGAAUGGAGAAGGUUUGGCAGAGCGAUGGGCUGAGUGGGAGCAAAUGGAAGAGAUGAACAGUAGAGAAAUGUCACUAUUAGCUCACCAAUUUGCUUGGGCUGUUGAAUCCACGCAUGAUCAAGAGUCAAUUCAGCUUUCCUGGGCAAGAUAAAAAUAGAUAAGGCUUGCAGGACUGUUUUGAAAGACAAGUGCUUCUAACUCAAGCACGUGCGCAUGUACCUUAUAAAUAGGGUGUGAUAGACAGUGUUCGAUAUCCAAUGAACCACAAAAAUAGAAGGGGGGGGAUUUUUCCGUAUCAAGCCUCUAUUUUUGGCAUAGAUGAGCCGUUGUAGAAUAUUAGAGGCAAAGCCAAGUUUCUAGUGACGACACUCUUUGUGGACGUGCCUUAUGUGGACUUUGCAUGAGAGAUAAUAUUGCUAGUCUUCGCUUGAAGAAUGGAUAAAAUCUUUCUAUUUUAAUCUG